UCGCCCUAUAGCAGCCAGAACAUCUGUAAUUUUUUAAGAAAAGAUAACCAUCAUGGAUGUCUUUUGUGGAUCUCCUUGUUUUUAGCAUUUCACGUUUUAGAUAACCAUCAUGUUUUUUUAGGGAAAUGGUGAAUUCCAUCAUGAACUACAUAGCUGUCCUUGUGAUUCCAGUCUGUUGUUUCUCUUGGACUUUUGCAAAAUACCAGCACCAUCAUCAAGAGAAGAACAAAGAGCUGAAAUACCUCUUGGAGCCUCCGAUAUAUGCUGAGGUCACUGCUCGUUGUGGACAAACGGUCAUUUUGCCGUGUAUGAUGAAGAUUAAACCAACACACUACAAAGUGAAGUGGACUAAGAUUGAACCCCUCAGUCUGGGAGUGCAAAACAUAGUGCUCAUGACAAACGGACACGCGGAUAAAAAGUACGGCUUACUCGGGCCUCGAGCUUCUCUUCUACGAGCACACAGCCUGGACGUUUCCCUUCGCCUUACAGACCUGGAGCUGGAGGAUGAUGGUAGCUAUCAGUGCGAACUGAUCAAUGGCAUUGAGGAUGAAAAUGUCAUUGUUACUCUGAGAAUUGAAGGGAUUGUAUUUCCCUACCAAAGCCAGCAUGGUCGGUACAGAUUUACUUUCUUGGAGGCUAAAGAUGCUUGUGCUGAGCAGGAUGGAACACUUGCCACAUACAAACAGCUUUAUCGGGCCUGGACUGAAGGGUUGGACUGGUGUAAUGCUGGAUGGCUGAAUGAUGGAACUGUCCAUUACCCAAUCCUGUACCCACGACCGGCUUGUGGGGAAAGUCUCCUGCCAGGCAUCCGGAGUUACGGGCCACGCCACAAGACAAGGGAACAAUUCGAUGCUUUCUGUUUCACAUCUACAACUAAGGGCUUUGUGUUCUACAUUCCAGGCCCUCUGAAUUUUAUGGAGGCAGAACGUUCUUGCAGAAAGGAGGAUGCCAGUCUAGCGAGGGUUGGCCAAGUCUACUCUUCUUGGAAGUUUGAGGCGCUGGACCGUUGUGAUGGAGGCUGGCUGCAGGAUGGCAGUGUACGGUUCCCCAUCAUAAACCCAAGAAAACGCUGUGGCGGGAUUACAGAGCCAGGUGUUCGCAGCUUUGGGUUUCCCAGUAAAAGUUCCCGUCUUUACGGGGCUUACUGCUACAGGUAGUUGGUGCAGGUUAACUUUUGCUAUAGGUUUUGUACAGCAUACUUGCCUUAAAGUCUCUUUGGGCUUAAUGUACUGUCAAAAUUAUGGGCAACACUACAGAUCAACUCUGGUAAUACAUCUCUGGGAUAACAAUGUUCAGCAAAAGGUAUUGUAUUACUGUAGCAACAUAAACAAUAUGUAAACUAAAAAAAGGCUAACAAUUAUUUAAAUGUAUUUUAAGAAAGCAGAUCUGUUUAAAAUCUGUAUUAUGUUAUAGCAAUGGACUAGAUGUGAAUAUCAUACACAAAUCCAACAUUUUCGACAAAGAUAUUUAUUUUAAAAAUGAGCGGAAGGCUACUUUUAAUUGUUAGUUUUUUUCCAUAACCAUAAAAUACAGUAAAUGUUGUUUUGUGUGGGAUCACAUACUGAAUAUUUGUAUUUUUAUUUAUUUUUGCAUUGCCAAUGACAAAUAUUGUAAAAUCAUAAGAUGUGAAUAAAAUUAUUAAUGAAAAGUGAAAAUAUGAUAUAGAUUUAAAUAUUAAGUAUUAAGCACUAACAGUCAUUUGUGUAUCAUUUAUAAAAUAAAAACACAUGCACGAUUUGAAAACUACAACAAAAGCAUUAAAAAAUAAUUUUGGCAAAACUUUUAUUUUGAAACUUU